AUGAUUACAACUGGGAAGUUUGCAGGACGGACAGUGAUCAUUACGGGGGCUUCUCGAGGUAUUGGUAAGGAAAUUGCCCUGAAGUUAGCAAAAGAUGGUGCUAAUAUUGUUGUGGCUGCAAAAACUGCCCAGCCACAUCCCAAACUACCAGGAACAAUCUAUUCAGCUGUCGAAGACAUUGAGAAGGCAGGUGGCAAAGGAUUGGCAUGCGUAGUUGACGUACGUGAUGAGCAAUCAGUAACAAAAGCAGUCUCCGAAACCGUCGAAAAAUUCGGUGGAAUCGAUAUUCUAAUUAAUAAUGCUAGUGCUAUAUCACUUACCGGGACAUUACAAACAACAAUGAAAAAAUUUGAUUUGAUGCAUCAGAUCAAUACACGUGGAACUUUCCUGAUGUCCCAAAAAUGCAUCCCAUUCUUGAAAAAUGGUAGAAAUCCUCACAUUCUGAAUAUCAGUCCACCACUAAAUAUGGCUAAACACUGGUUUACUAAUCACGUGGCGUAUACGAUGGCCAAGUAUGGCAUGUCAAUGUGUGUGUUGGGAAUGCACGAAGAGCUGCGACAUUUCAAUAUUGCUGUGAAUGCGUUGUGGCCAAGGACAGCAAUCUGGACUGUUGCGAUGGAAAUGAUUUCGACCAAAGCUGCUCAAAAUAAUUGUCGUAAGCCAACAAUUAUGGCAGAUGCUGCAUAUGCGUUACUUUCUCGUGAUAGCACUAAUUACACCGGAAAUUUUGUUAUCGAUGAAGAGAUUUUACGGGAAGAAGGAAUGAAGGAUUUUGAUCAAUAUUCCGUUAAUCCAGGAGCGACAUUAUUAGAAGACUUCUUUCUUUCUGAUGUUGCUGAAACAGCAAAUUUUGGAACAGCUACCUCAAUUUUGUCCUUGGAUGUGUUGAUAGAUGAAACUAAACAACGCAUCACUCCAGACAUAGUACAGAAAAUCCAAGCUAUCUACCAAUUCGAUGUGAUAGAAGGUCCAAAAAUUCAUAGCAUAUAUUUCAAUCUAAAGAAUGGACAAGGUGGUAUUCAUAAGUCAUUAGAUAAUACUCAACAUGUGGAUGUGCAUUUCACAAUAGAUCUACAAACGUUGUACAAACUAUUCAGUGGUGAAAUGCCACUGACGAUAGCAGUCACAUCUGGAAAAUUGAAAUUUGAAGGCAGCAUGGAAAAAGCUUUGUUAUUUUCGCAACUUUUUAAACCAUUAAAUAAGAGAAAAGCCUAA